AUGUUCAAUUGCUUGCGUCUCACGUCGUGCAUUGCACGUAAUGGCACCAGCAAAUUCACCGCAUUUAAAACCAUCAGCCCACCAGCCAGAUCGUUCGUGAGCAACAACUCCUCGCUGCUAGUCAAAUCAUAUGGCGGGGGAUUUACAUUUCGUGAUGCAACAAAGAAUAGUUUACUUACGAUAGGAAGAACGCUCCGUACACCCGUUAGCCGAUACUGCACCAAACCAACUGUACCGGAAAAGGGAGCAAAAAGCGUUGGCUACUGGUUGCUAGGAUGCAGCGGAAUGGUGUUCGUUGCUGUCGUACUAGGUGGUGUUACACGGCUUACUGAGUCGGGCUUAUCGAUGGUAACGUGGAAAUUGUUGGGUGAGAAAAUGCCAAGGACCGAAGCGGAAUGGCGCGCAGAGUUUGACCACUAUCAGCAAUUUCCUGAAUUUAAACUCAAAAACCAGGAUAUCACACUACAAGAAUUCAAACUGAUCUGGUACAUGGAGUACGGGCACCGUAUGUGGGGCCGUGCGAUCGGUGCAUUCUACGCCAUUCCAGCAGCAUACUUUUGGACCAAAGGAUACUUUAACAAAGCUAUGAAAGUGCGUGUCCUUCUUUUUGGCACUCUCAUCGGUGCCCAGGGCUUGAUGGGCUGGUACAUGGUAAAAUCUGGACUGGAGGAUCGAUUCCACGCAGAAAGCGAUGUACCACGUGUUUCGCAGUACCGACUGGCAGCACAUCUCGGAUUUGCCUUUACGCUUUACUCACUUUUCCUAUGGUCCGCACUGGACAAACUACUGCCCGCCCAGAAACUGAUCGGUCAAAUUCCUGCCGCUACAUUCCGCUUCAAGGGUUUGGCACACGCUACGAAGGCAGCAGUUUUUCUUACCGCCCUGUCCGGUGCAUUCGUGGCCGGACUCGAUGCAGGACUAAUUUACAAUUCGUUUCCGAAAAUGGCUGACCGCUGGAUCCCGAGCGAUAUACUUGCGCUGUCUCCCACGCUGCGCAACUUUACCGAAAAUCCCACCACGGUACAGUUUGACCAUCGUGUGCUUGGUACGGCCACACUGACGCUCAUUACUGGCAUGUUUUUAAUUUCGCGCCGACGAAUGCUGCCACCGCGGGCUUACAAAGCGGCUACGGCCGUUGCGGCGAUGGGCUGGAUGCAGGUUGCCCUCGGUAUUACGACGUUACUUACUUACGUGCCCGUACCGCUGGCCGCAAGCCAUCAGUCGGGUUCGUUGAUUCUGCUCUCGUUGGCAAUCUGGCUAACGCAUGAAUUGAAACUUGUAAAGCGAUUACCCAAAUAAAACAAAAUA